GGGGGACAGCCCCGCACCCGCCACCCAGCCGAGCCAGGAGGAGCAGUCGCCUGCUCGCAGCGCCUCGCGACUGGGAACGGAAGAGGCCGACUGAGAAGGUCCUUGAGCUUACUGAAGAGAGUAGUCUUAGGGGAAGUAGUUCCAUCCGUGGGAAUGCGGUCUCCUCCCCGACAACUGCGAGUGCCUGGGAUUCAUUUGUGAUGUGGCAAAUCUAGGAAAGUUCCCGCAUGUUUUCCGGAGUGGCAUAGACCUCCGCCUAACUGGGAGGAGAAUUUCCUAGCAUUGGGUUAAUGCUACACGAGGGGCCAUGGCAGCCUCCCGGGCAGCCUCACGGUCUCCUCGGGACAUUGCCAACGUGAUGCAAAGACUGCAAGAUGAACAAGAGAUUGUACAAAAACGCACUUUCACAAAAUGGAUCAACUCUCACCUGGCCAAGCGGAAGCCCCCAAUGGUGGUGGGUGAUCUUUUUGAAGACAUGAAAGAUGGUGUCAAGCUGCUGGCUCUUCUGGAAGUCCUGUCUGGGCAGAAACUGCCUUGUGAACAGGGCCGCCGUAUGAAGCGAAUCCACGCUGUGGCUAACAUUGGCAGAGCGCUGAACUUCCUUGAAGGAAGAAAGUCCAUGUACAGAGGAUCACCGAUUAAAUUAGUCAACAUUAACUCCACUGAUAUAGCUGAUGGCCGGCCAUCCAUAGUUCUUGGCCUGAUAUGGACCAUUAUUCUAUAUUUCCAGAUUGAAGAGCUGACCAGCAACCUGCCACAGCUACAGUCGCUGUCCAGCAGCGCAUCCUCUCUGGACAGCAUUGUCAGCUCGGAGACCACCAGUCCUCCAAGUAAACGCAAGGUGGCUACCAAGAUUCAAGGAAAUGCCAAGAAGGCUCUGUUAAAGUGGGUUCAGUGUGUGGCAGGCAAGCAGUCUGGCAUAGAAGUAAAAGACUUUGGAAGAAGCUGGAGAAGUGGGGUAGCCUUUCAUUCAGUUAUCCAUGCCAUUCAACCCACGCUGGUGGACUUAGAGAAGGUGAAAAGCAGAUCUAACAGAGAAAAUCUGGAGGACGCGUUCUCUAUUGCUGAAACACAAUUGGGCAUCCCAAGACUGCUAGAUCCUGAAGAUGUUGAUGUAGAUAAACCAGAUGAGAAGUCUAUUAUGACCUAUGUGGCCCAGUUUCUGAAACAUUACCCUGACAUCCUCGAUGCAGGCACUGAUGGACAAGAGAAUGAUGAAAUACUUCAAGUUUUCCCAUCUUUUGCAAAUUCUAUCCAAAAUUAUAAGAGAGAAGACAGACUAAUUCUGAAGGAAAUGAAAGUUUGGAUAGAACAAUUUGAAAGAGAUUUGACGAGGGCACAAGUGACAGAAUCAAAUCUGCAGGAUACAUAUCAGUCAUUUAAGCACUUCAGAAUUCAAUAUGAAAUAAAAAGGAAACAGAUUGAACAUUUAAUACAGCCAUUACAUAGAGAUGGUAAAUUGUCACUUGACCAAGCUUUGGUAAAACAGUCCUGGGACAGAGUGUGCUCUAGGCUCUUUGAUUGGCAUAGCCAGCUUGACAAAUCACUCCCUGCACCUCUGGGCACUAUAGGUGCCUGGUUGUACAGGGCAGAAGUGGCCCUGAAAGAGGAAAUAGCCAUUCAGCAGGUCCAUGAGGAAACUGCAAACACAAUACAACGGAAACUCGAGCAGCAUAAGGAUCUGCUUCAAAACACAGAUGCCCACAAAAGAGCAUUCCAUGAAAUCUACCAGACCAGGUCUGUUAACGGGAUUCCAGUGCCACCUGACCAAUUAGAGGACAUGGCUGAGAGGUUUCAGUUUGUUUCCUCCACAUCAGCGCUGCACUUAAGGAAAAUGGAAUUUCUAGAAUUAAAGUACCGCCUGCUCUCGCUGCUGGUUCUUGCAGAGUCAAAGCUGAAGUCUUGGAUCAUCAAGUAUGGGAGACGAGAGUCAGUGGAGCUGCUUCUGCAAAACUACAUCUCUUUUAUAGAAAAUAGCAAGUUUUUCGAUCAAUAUGAAGUAACAUACCAGAUCUUGAAACAGACAGCUGAGAUGUAUGUCAAAGCAGAUGGUUCAGUGGAGGAAGCUGAGAAUGUGAUGAAAUUCAUGAAUGAAACCACUGCUCAGUGGAGGAAUCUCUCAGUGGAAGUUAGGAGCGUGAGGAGCAUGCUGGAGGAAGUGAUAUCUAACUGGGAUCGCUAUGGCAACACCGUGGCUAGUCUUCAAGCCUGGCUAGAGGAUGCUGAAAAAAUGCUGAAUCAAUCAGAAAAUGCCAAAAAGGAUUUUUUCCGAAAUUUACCUCAUUGGAUUCAGCAGCACACGGCCAUGAAUGACGCUGGCAAUUUUCUAAUUGAAACUUGUGAUGAGAUGGUCUCUCGUGACCUCAAGCAGCAAUUACUCCUGCUCAAUGGGCGAUGGAGGGAGUUGUUUAUGGAAGUCAAGCAAUAUGCUCGAGCGGAUGAGAUGGACAGAAUGAAGAAAGAAUACACAGACUGUGUGACUACCCUCUCUGAUUUUGCAACUGAAGCCCAUAAGAAAUUUGCUGAGCCUUUAGAAGUCUCUUUUAUAAAUGUCAAGUUAUUAAUUCAAGACUUGGAGGAUAUUGAGCAGAGGCUUCCUGUGAUGGAUGCUCAAUACAAGAUGAUUACAAAGACAGCACAUCUCAUUGCAAAAGAAAGCACUCAAGAAGAAGCUAAUGAGAUGUUUUUGACUAUGUCCAGGCUCAAAGAGCAGCUUACCAAGGUCAAAGACAGUUGCUCCCCACUCCUGUAUGAGUCUCAGCAGCUGUUGACUCCACUGGAGGAUUUAGAAAAGCAGAUGACAUCUUUCUAUGACUCACUUGGGAAAAUCAACGAGAUUAUAACAGUUCUUGAGCAUGAGGCACAAUCUAGUGCUCUUUUUAAACAAAAGCAUCAGGAACUGUUAGCUUGUCAAGAAAGCUGUAAAAAAAUUGUGACACUCAUUGAGAAAGGCAGCCAAAGCGUUCAAAAGUUUGUGGCCUUAAGCAAUGUGUUAAAGCAUUUUGAUCAGACCAAGCUACAGAGACAGAUUCCAGAUGUCCAUGUUGCUUUUCAGAAUAUGGUAAAGAAAACCGGAGAUUGGAAAAAGCAUGUGGAAACCAACAGUCGCUUGAUGAAGAAAUUUGAGGAGUCUCGGGCAGAGUUGGAGAAGGUGCUGCGGGUCGCUCAGGAGAGCCUGGAAGAGAAGGGAGACCCUGAAGAACUUCUGCGGAGACACACCGAGUUUUUCAGCCAGCUGGAUCAGAGGGUCCUCAAUGCUUUCCUGAAAGCUUGUGAUGAACUCACAGACAUCCUCCCAGAGCAGGAGCAACAGGGGCUGCAGGAAGCAGUCAGGAAGCUGCACAAACAGUGGAAGGACCUUCAAGGAGAAGCCCCCUACCAUUUGCUCCAUUUGAAGAUUGCUGCAGAGAAGAGCAGAUUCUUGGCUUCUGUUGAAGAAUGCAAAAUGGAGCUGAAUCGAGAGACCAAGCUGGUUCCCCAGGAAGGCAGUGAAAACAUCAUUAAAGAGCACAGGAUUUUCUUCAGUGACAAAGGUCCUCAUCACCUCUGUGAGAAAAGGUUACAGCUCAUUGAGGAACUGUGUGUGAAGCUGUCAGUCCGGGAUCCAGUAAAGGACACACCUGCAACCUGUUACACGGCUCUCAAAGAACUGAGAGCUGCCAUUGACACCACAUACGCAAAGCUGGUGGAAAACCCAGACAAGUGGAAAGACUACACUAGCAGAUUUUCUGAGUGCUCAUCUUGGAUAUCAGCCAAGGAGACACAGUUGAAGGGAAUCAAGGAUACGGCCCUGGAUGCUGCCAAUCACAGCGAGGUGAAACAUGCGGUGGAAGAGAUCAGAAACGACGUUAGCACAAAAGGCGAGACUCUUAGCUGGCUGAAAUCCAGGCUCAAAAUUUUGAUUGAGCUUUCCUCUGAGAAUGAAGCCCAACACCAAGGAGAUGAGCUGGCGAAAUUAUCCAGCUCUUUCAAGGCACUCGUGACUUUGCUGUCAGAGGUUGAAAAAAUAAUAAGCAACUUUGGGGAAUGUGUUCAAUACAAAGAAAUAGUGAAAAGUUCCCUUGAAGAAUUAAUUUCCAGCUCUCAGGAAGCUAAAGAUCAAGCUGAGAAGAUCUUAGACACUGAAAAUCUGUUUGAAGCACAGCAGUUGCUGCUUCAUCACCAGCAAAAGAUGAAGAUGAUCUCAGCAAAGAAGACAGACCUGCAGCAGCAGAUGGGGCAGGCGCAGCAGGGAGCAGGUGGGCUGGCUGACCCGGGCAAGGAGGAGCUGCAAAAGCUGGAGAGAACCCUGGCCAGUGUGGAGCACAACAGAGAGAGGCAGGAGCGUCGAAUCCAGGUCACAUUAAGGAAAUGGGAGCGAUUUGAGACAAACAAAGAGACAGUGGUCAGAUACCUUUUUCAAACAGGUUCUAGCCACGAACGCUUCCUGAGUUUUAGCAGUUUGGAAAGUUUGUCUUCAGAACUGGAGCAGACAAAGGAGUUUUCCAAGCGGACAGAAAGUAUUGCAGUCCAGGCUGAAAAUCUUGUAAAGGAAGCUUCAGAAAUACCACUUGGACCCAAGAAUAAGCAGCUGCUUCAGCAGCAGGCCAAGUCAAUCAAAGAGCAAGUCAAAAAAUUGGAAGACACGCUUGAAGAAGAUAUUAAAACCAUGGAAAUGGUGAAAAACAAGUGGGAUCAUUUUGGCAGUAAUUUUGAGACCCUGUCCAUCUGGAUAACUGAGAAAGAAAAAGAACUCAAUGCCUUGGAAACUUCGUCAUCUGCCAUGGACAUGCAAAUCAGCCAAAUUAAGGCCACAAUUCAGGAAAUAGAAAAUAAGAUAAGCAGUAUCACUGGAUUAGAAGAACAAGCUCAGUCUUUUGCUCAAUUUGUUACCACUGGAGAAUCUGCUCGAAUCAAAGCCAAGUUGACACAAAUAAGAAGAUACUGGGAAGAACUCCGGGAACAUGCACAGUGCCUGGAAGAAACAAUUCUUGGACAUUUAUCUCAGCAGCAAAAGUUUGAGGACAAUUUUAGAAAGAUCCAGCAAUCUGUGUCUGAAUUUGAAGAUAAACUUGCUGAUCCAAUUAAAAUAUGUUCUUCAGCUACAGAGACAUACAGAGUUCUCCAAGAACAUAUGGAUCUCUGCCAGGCCCUGGAGUCUCUGGGCGGCACACUCACCGCCUUCUCCACCAGUGCUCGGAAGGUGGUAAGCAGACACAUCUGCAUCCAGCAGGCUGCAGCUCUUCAGCAGCGGUAUGAGGGCACGCUCCAGAGGGUGAAAGACAGACAGAUUGUGCUGGAGAACCUGCUGGCCCUCUGGCAGAGGCUAGAGAAAGAACUGUCAUCUUUUUUGACCUGGUUGGAGCGGUGUGAAGCCAUCGCCAGUUCCCCAGAGAGGGACAUUUCUGCAGACAGAGUCAAAGUGCAGAGUGAACUUCAGUUAAUACAGGCCCUGCAAAAUGAAGUCGUUGCCCAGGCCUCCUCCUACAGCAACCUUUUACAGCUGAAGGAAUCACUGUUCUCGGUUGCUGCCAAAGAUGACGUGAAAAUGAUGAAACUGCACUUGGAGCAGUUGGAUGAGAGGUGGAGGGAUUUGCCACAGAUAAUUAGCAAAAGGAUUAAUUUCCUCCAGUCUGUGGUUGCUGAGCACCAGCAAUUUGAUGAGCUGCUGCUCUCCUUCUCUGUGUGGAUUAAGCAGUUUCUCAGUGACUUACAGACUUCAUCUGAGAUCAGCAUAAGGGACCAUCAAGUGGCUUUUACUCGGCACAAGGACCAUGCAGCAGAAAUAGAGAACAAAAAGAGAGAAUUCCAGAGUCUGCAGGGUCACUUAGCGAAGCUGGGGUCUCUGGGCCGAAUGGAAGACCUCCACCUCCUCCAGGGCAAGGCAGAGGACUGCUUCCAGGUCUUCGAGGAGGCCAGCCAGGUGGUAGAGAGGCGGGGGCUGGCCCUGUCGCAGCUGGCCGAGUUCUUACAGCGCCGCGCCUGUCUGUCUGAGGUACUGCACCGGCUGAGGCAAACGGUGGAAGCUACUAGCAGUAUGAAUAAGAAGCAAUCGGACUUGCUGGAGAAGGACCUGAACGAUGUCAUUCUCGAUGUCAAGGCACUGGAGUCUACUGCCGUUGGUCUCGAUGGCAUCCUUGCCAAAGCCCAGUACCAUCUGAGGAGCAGACAGGCUGAUCACAGGACGUCCUGCAGGGCUGUGGCCGAUCAGCUCUCUGAAGAACUGGAGAGGAUCCAGAACCUCCUGGGUACCAAGCAGAGUGAGGCCGAUGCCCUGGGCCUGCUGAAGAAGGCAUUCCAAGACCAGAGAGAGGAGCUGCUGAAGAGCAUCGAGGAUAUCGAAGAAAGGACUGACAGAGAGCGACUGAAAGAGCCCACCCGCCAGGCGCUUCAGCAGAGGCUGAGAGUCUUUAAUCAGCUAGAAGAUGAACUGAAUUCUCAUGAGCAUGAACUAUGCUGGUUGAAAGAUAAAGCCAAGCAGAUUGCUCAGAAAGAUGUGGCUUUGGCUCCUGAAGUUGACAGGGAGAUAAACCGCUUGGAAGUCACCUGGAAUGAUACCAAAAGACUAAUUCAUGAAAACCAAGGCCAGUGCUGUGGACUUAUUGACCUAAUGAAAGAAUACCAGAACUUGAAAUCAGCUGUCUCAAAAGUCAUAGAAAAUGCCAGCAGUGUCACUGUAACCAGAACUACUAUAAAAGAUCAGGAGGAUCUUAAGUGGGCUUUUUCCAAGCAUGAAACUGCCAAGCAUGAAAUGAACUGUAAGCAGAAAGAGCUGGACCGUUUUACCAGUAAAGGCAAACACUUGUUAUCUGAACUGAAAAAGAUCCACAGUAGUGACUUCACCUUGGUGGAAAAAGACAUGGAGAGCACCAUGGACAAGUGGCUGGAUGUAUUGGAGAAAUUGGAAGAAAACAUGGAAAGGCUGAGGACAAGCCUGUCCAUUUGGGAUGAUGUACUUUCAAGUAAAGAUGAAAUCGAUGGGUGGUCAAACAGCUCUCUUCCACAGCUGGCUGAAAACAUGAGCAACCUGAGCAGCAGUCUCCGAGCUGAAGAAUUCCUUAAAGAAUUUGAGUCUGAAGUUAAAAACAAAGCAUUGAAAUUGGAAGAACUUCAUUCCAAAGUUAACAGUCUUAAAGAAUUAACUAAAAUUCCAGAAACACCACCAGAACUUCAGUUUAUAGAAGCAGACGUAAGGCAGAAACUGGAGCAUGCUAAAGAAGUAACUGAAGAAGCAAAAGAAACCUUGAAGGUCUUUGCUGCUCAAAGUACAAGCAUAGAGAAAUUCAUCAGUGACAGAACAGUGUGGCUGAUGAAAGUGGAAGAGUCCUUGAUGAGCUAUGGCCAAACCAAGACAUGUAAAGGACUGAAAAAAGUAAAGGAUAUAGAAAAAGAGCUUCAAAGUCAGCAAAGAAACAUCAGCUCUACCCAAGAGAAUCUCAACAGUUUGUGUCGCAAGUACCACUCAGCAGAGUUGGAGAGCCUGGGUCGGGCAAUGACAGGCCUGAUAAAGAAGCAGGAAGCCAUGAACCAGCUGUGCUGUAAAACUCAAGCCAGCCUGCAGGAUUCUCUGGAAAAACAUUUCAGUGAUUCUAUGCAGGAAUUCCAAGAAUGGUUUUUGGGAGCAAAAGCAGCAGCCAAAGAAUCAUCUGAUCGAACUGGCAACAGUAAAAUUCUGGAGGCAAAGCUCCAUGAUCUCCAGAACAUUCUGGACUCAGUCAAUGAUGGGCAAAGCAAACUUGAUGUAGUGACUCAGGAGGGACAGACUCUGUAUGCACACCUGUCGAAACAAACUGUCAGCAGCAUUCAGGAGCAGAUUACAAAGGCGAAUGAAGAGUUUCAAGCAUUUCUGAAGCAAUGCCUUAAAGACAAGCAGGCCCUCCAAGACUGUGCUUCUGAGCUGGGGAGCUUUGAAGAUCAGCACAGAAAACUGAACUUAUGGAUCCACGAAAUGGAAGAAAGGUUAAAUACAGAAAAUUUGGGAGAGAGUAAACAGCAUCUUGCUGAAAAGAAAAAUGAAGUUCAUAAAGUUGAAAUGUUUCUGGGAGAACUUCUGGCUGCGAGAGAGUCUCUCGAUAAACUUUCCCAGAGAGGGCAGCUUCUUAGUGAGGAAAGCCACAGUGCAGGGCAGGGUGGCCGCCUGGGCUCCCAGCUCCUCACCAGCUACCAGAACCUGCUCAGAAUGACCAAGGAGAGGCUGCAGAGCUGCCAGCUUGCCCUCCAGGAGCACGAGGCCCUGGAGGAAGCAAUGCAGGACAUGUGGUCCCGGGUGAGAAACAUCCAAGACAGGCUGGCCUGUGCAGAGAGCACUCUUGGGAGCAAGGAGACCUUGGAGAGCCGGCUGUCACAGAUACAGGAUAUUCUCUUGAUGAAAGGUGAAGGAGAAGUCAAGCUGAACAUGGCCCUUGGCAAAGGGGAACAGGCCAUGAAAAGCAGUAGUGAAGAAGGCCAGAAGGCGAUUCAGGCUCAGUUACAGACUCUUAAGAACGCGUGGGCUGAUAUCAUGAGCACCUCUGUCCAUACUCAGAGCACUCUGGAGUCUGUGCUUAGCCAAUGGAAUGACCACCUAGAGAGGAAAAGCCAGCUGGAGCAGUGGAUGGAAUCAGUGGAUGAGAAAAUAGAACGUCCUCUACAACUGCAGCCAGGCCUGAAGGAGAAGUUUUCCCUGCUGGACCAUUUUCAGUCCAUCGUCUCUGAGGCAGAAGAUCACACCAGCGCUCUGCACCGUCUGAACGCCAAGUCCAGGGAGCUCUAUGAGAGGACUCGGGAUGAGUCCUUCAAGGAAGCAGCCCAAGAGGAGCUGAAGACACAGUUUCAUGAUAUAACAACUGUGGCCAAGGAGAAAAUGAGGAAAGUGGAAGAAAUCGUGAAAGACCAUCUCAUGUAUUUGGACGCAGUCCAGGAAUUCACUGAUUGGCUCCAUUCAGCGAAGGAAGAACUCCAGAGGUGGUCAGACAUGUCUGGGGAUUCAUCAGCCACUCAGAAAAAGUUGUUAAAAAUUAAGGAGCUGAUAGAUUCCAGAGAGUUGGGAGCAGGCCGCUUGAGCCGAGUGGAGUCGCUGGCCCCCGGAGUGAAGCAGCACACAGCUGCCAGCGGGUGUGAGCUCCUGCACACAGAGAUGCAGGCCCUGCGUGCCGACUGGACACAGUGGGAAGACAGUGUGUUCCGCACACAGAGCAGCCUGGAGGACCUGGUCAGUCAGAUGGCCCUUUCGGAGCAGGAGUUCUCAGGCCAAGUGGCCCAGCUUGAGCAGGCCCUGGGACAGUUCGGUGCCCUUCUGAAAACCUGGACUCAGCAGCUGGCCCUCCUGGAAGGCAAGAACACGGAUACUGAGGUAGUGGAAUCCUGGCACGCAGGACAUGAGAUCCUGGAUGCUCUGCAGAAAGCAGAGCCUACAACAGAGGAUCUGAAGUCUCAGCUGAAUGAACUUUGUCGAUUUUCUAGAGACCUGAGUACAUACAGUGGAAAAGUUUCUGGCUUGAUUAAAGAAUACAAUUAUCUCUGUUUGCAAGCAUCCAAGGGCUGCCAGAAUAAAGAACAGAUUUUACAACAAAGAUUUCGAAAAGCCUUCAGGGAUUUUCAGCAGUGGUUGGUUAAUGCAAAAAUCACUACUGCCAAAUGUUUCGAUAUACCUCAAAAUAUUAGUGAAGUUUCCACAAGUCUUCAGAAAAUACAGGAGUUUUUGUCAGAAAGUGAAAAUGGUCAACAUAAGCUCAACAUGAUGCUGUCAAAAGGAGAACUUCUGACUUCUCUGUUGACCAAAGAGAAAGCAAAAAGUAUCCAGGCCAAAGUUGAAGCUGCAAAAGAAGAUUGGAAAAAUUUUCAUUCAAAUCUCCACCAGAAGGAAUCUGCCCUCGAGAAUCUAAAGAUCCAGAUGAAAGAUUUUGAAGUAAGUGCUGAGCCUGUGCAGAACUGGCUGAGCAAAACUGAGAAGCUGGUCCAGGAAAGCAGCAACCGCCUCUAUGAUCUGCCAGCGAAGAGGAGAGAGCAACAGAAGCUCCAGUCUGUCCUUGAGGAAAUUCAUUGCUACGAGCAUCAGCUCAACAGGCUGAAAGAGAAAGCUCAGCAGCUGUGGGAAGGACAAGCUGCCAGCAAGAGCUUUAUGCACAGAGUGUCACAGCUGUUUGCUCAGUAUCUAGCGCUAAGCAAUUUAACCAAGGAGAAAGUGUCCAGACUGGAUAGAAUCGUUGCAGAGCAUAAUCAGUUCUCCCUCGGGAUUAAAGAAUUACAAGACUGGAUGACAGAUGCAGUUCACACAUUGGAUUCUUACUGCCACCCAACAUCCGACAAAAGUGUGCUGGACAGCAGGAUGCUCAAGCUGGAGGCUUUGUUAUCAGUGAAACAGGAAAAAGAGAUUCAGAUGAAAAUGAUAGUGACCAGGGGGGAGUAUGUCCUGCAGAACACCUCCCCAGAAGGCCUUCCUGUGAUUCAGCAGCAGCUGCAGGGUGUGAAGGACAUGUGGGCUUCCCUCCUGUCUGCAGCCAUUCGUUGUAAAAGUCAACUCGAAGGAGCCCUUUCAAAAUGGACAAGUUAUCAGGAUGAUGUUCGACAGUUUUCUGGUUGGAUGGACAGCGUGGAAGCCAACCUAAGUGAAUCUGAGAGGCAGUGUGCUGAGCUUCGGGAGAAAGUGACAGCUCUUGGGAAAGCCAAGCUAUUAAAUGAAGAAGUGCUUAGUCACAGUCGCCUGCUGGAGACCAUUGAAGUCAAAAGAGCAAGCAUGACAGAGCACUAUGUCACCCAGUUAGAAGUCCAAGAUCUGCAAGAGCGAUACCUAGCAAUCAAAGAGAGGGCCAAGGAAGCAGUAACCAAGUCUGAAAAACUUGUUCGCCUGCACCAAGAGUAUCAGAGAGACCUAAAAGCCUUUGAAGUUUGGCUGGGACAAGAACAAGAAAAGCUUGGCCGAUAUUCAGUUCUUGAAGGUGAUGCCCACACUCACGAGACAACAUUUCGGGACCUUCAGGAGCUGCAAAUGCACUGUGCAGAGGGACAGGCACUGUUGAAUUCAGUGCUGCACACCAGAGAGGACGUGAUCAUAGCAGGCAUCCCCCAGGCAGAGGACCGGGCAUUGGAGUCACUUCGGCAGGACUGGCAGGCUUACCAGCACAGACUGUCUGAGAUCCGGACACAGUUCAACAGCAUAGUGAACAAGCUGCGGAUGAUGGAGCAGAAGUUUCAGGAAGUAGAUGAAUGGCUUAAAAAAAUGGAGGAGAAAGUUAGUCUCAGGAUGGGACGCCAGUCUAACUGGGCAACCAAGGAGAUACAGUUACAUCAGAUGAAGAAAUGGCAUGAAGAAGUGACUGCGCAUAAAGAUGAAGUUGAGGAAGUCGGAGCUAAAGCGCAGGAGAUACUGGAUGAGAGUCACGUAAACAGCAGGAUGGGCUGCCAGGCCACCCAGCUGACCUCCAGAUACCAGGCCCUGCUCCUCCAAGUCCUGGAGCAAAUAAAAUUCCUGGAAGAAGAGACCCAGAGUUUGGAGGAAUCUGAAUUAUCCCUCAGCUCCUAUUCUGAUUGGUAUAGCUCGACUCAUAAAAAUUUUAAGAAUGUGGCCACCAAAAUUGAUAAAGUAGAUAAAGCAAUGAUGGGGAAAAAGUUGAAGACACUGGAGGUUUUGUUGAAAGACAUGGAGAAAGGUCACAGUUUGCUGAAGUCAGCCCGGGAAAAAGGAGAGAGGGCUGCUAAAUACUUGGAGGAAGGUGAGGCAGAGAUGCUAAGAAAAGACAUCCAUGAUCGUGUGGAGCAGCUGGAGGAACUGACCAGCACCAUGCGAAAAGAGCACGUGACCUUGGAGAAAGGUCUUCAUUUAGCAAAAGAGUUCUCGGAUAAAUGUAAAGCACUGACUCGUUGGAUAGCAGAAUACCAGGAAAUCCUACACAUUCCUGAAGAACCCAAAAUGGAAUUAUAUGAGAAAAAAGCUCAGCUAUCUAAGUACAAGUCAUUGCAACAAACUGUGCUGUCCCAUGAACCAUCAGUCAACUCAGUGAGAGAGAAGGGGGAAGCUCUUCUGGAUCUGGUCCAAGAUGUUACUUUAAAGGACAAAGUAGACAGACUUCAAAGGGAUUACCAGGACCUCUGCAGCAUGGGAAAGGAACAUGUCCUCUGCCUGGAGGCAAAAGUCAAAGACCAUGAAGACUAUAACAGUGAGCUCCAAGAGGUGGAAAAGUGGUUGUUGCAGAUGUCUGGCAGGCUGGUGGCACCUGGCCUUCUGGAGACCAGCAGCCUGGAGACAAUCACCCAGCAGCUGGCCCACCACAAGGCCAUGAUGGAAGAAAUAGCUGGUUUUGAAGACCGUUUGAACAACCUGAAAGUCAAAGGUGACACUUUGAUUGGCCAGUGUGCUGAUCACCUGCAAGAGAAGCUGAAACAGAAUGUUCAUGCCCAUCUGCAGGGCACAAAGGACAGCUACUCAGCAAUCUGCAGUACAGCCCAGCGUGUGUACCAGAGUUUGGAACAUGAACUUCAGAAGCAUGUCAGCCGACAAGAUACCCUGCAGCAAUGCCAGGCUUGGCUUUCUGCAGUCCAGCCAGACUUAAAGCCAAGUCCUCAGCCACCUCUUAGCCGGACGGAAGCCGUUAAGCAAGUCAAACACUUCAGAGCUUUGCAGGAGCAAGCAAGGACUUACUUGGAUCUCCUUUGUUCCCUGUGUGACUUGUCGAAUUCUUCAGUAAAAACCACAGCAAAAGAUAUUCAACAAACAGAGCAAAUGAUUGAACAAAGGCUCACCCAGGCACAGAAUUUAACUCAGGGCUGGGAAGAGAUCAAGCACCUGAAGGCUGAGCUGUGGAUUUAUCUUCAGGACACCGAUCAGCAACUGCAGAAUAUGAAGAGGAGGCACUCCGAACUGGAGCUAAAUAUUGCCCAGAACAUGGUUGCCCAAGCAAAGGAUUUUGCUAAACAGCUACAUUACAAACAAGAGUCCAUGAGCACCAUCUUACAAAAGGUGAAUAAGUUAACAAAGAAGCAGGAGUCUCCUGAGCACAAGGAAAUAAGUCACUUAAAUGACCAGUGGCUCGAUCUGUGCCUCCAGUCAGACAAGCUAUGUUCACAAAGGGAGCAGGAUCUUCAGAGAACAAGAGAUUACCAUGACCAUAUGAAUGUCGUUGAAGCAUUCUUGGAAAAAUUCACUACGGAAUGGGAUAGCUUAGCCAGAUCUGAUGCAGAGAGCACCGCUGUCCACCUGGAAGCUUUGAAAAAGUUAGCCUUGGCCUUGCAAGAGAGAAAGUAUGCCAUUGAAGACCUGAAAGGUCAAAAGCAGAAGAUGAUAGAGCAUCUGAAUCUAGAUGACAAGGAAUUAGUCAAAGAACAGACAAACCACUUUGAACAGCGCUGGUUUCAGCUUGAGGACCUUGUUAAGAGGAAAAUCCAAGUGUCAGUCACUAACUUGGAGGAACUCAAUGUGGUGCAGUCCAGAUUUCAGGAGCUAAUGGAGUGGGCAGAAGAGCAACAGCCCAAUAUUGCUGAGGCUCUGAAGCAGAGCCCCCCGCCUGAUAUGGUGCAGAACCUCCUCAUGGAUCACCUGGCCAUCUGCAGUGAGCUGGAAGCCAAACAGCUGCUCCUGAAGUCUCUCACAAAGGAUACUGACAGGGUGAUGGCCGAUCUUGGCCUCAAUGAGCGCAAGGUGAUCCAGAAGGUGCUUUCUGAUGCACAGAAACACGUGAACUGUCUCAGUGACCUCGUGGGCCAGAGAAGAAAGUACUUAAACAAAGCCUUGUCCGAGAAAACCCAGUUUCUCAUGGCAGUAUUCCAGGCAACCAGCCAAAUUCAUCAACAUGAGCGGAAGAUCUUGUUCCGUGAACACAUCUGCCUAUUACCAGAUGAUGUGAGCAAGCAGGUUAAAACAUGUAAGAGUGCACAGGCCAGCCUCAAGACUUAUCAAAACGAAGUCACUGGACUUUGGGCCCAGGGUCGAGAAUUAAUGAAAGGAGUCACAGAGCAGGAAAAGGGUGAGGUGCUGGGUAAGCUUCAGGAACUGCAAAGUGUUUAUGACAGUGUUUUACAAAAGUGUAGCCAUCGGUUACAAGAACUAGAGAAGAAUCUAGUUUCUCGAAAGCAUUUUAAGGAAGAUUUUGAUAAAGCUUGUCACUGGCUCAAACAAGCAGAUAUUGUUACAUUUCCUGAAAUCAACCUCAUGAAUGAGAGUACUGAGCUUCAUGCACAACUGGACAAAUACCAACACAUUCUAGAACAAUCUCCAGAGUAUGAAAAUCUGCUACUUACACUCCAGAGAACCGGGCAGGCCAUGUUACCAUCCCUGAAUGAAGUCGAUCAUUCCUACCUCAGUGAGAAGCUAAAUGCUCUGCCACAACAAUUUAAUGUCAUUGUUGCCUUGGCUAAAGACAAGUUCUAUAAAGUCCAAGAAACAAUACUUGCUCGGAAAGAGUAUGCUUCCUUGAUUGAGUUGACAACCCAGACUCUGGGUGAACUCAAAGAUCAGUUCUUGAAGAUGAGGAAAAUCCCCACAGACCUGAUCAUUGAAGAGGCUCAGACUCUCCAGGACAGCUGCAGGGCCCUUCUCGGUGAGGUGGUGGCCCUCGGGGAAGCAGUAGAUGAGCUGAAUCAGAAGAAAGAAAGUUUUCGCAGCACAGGUCAACCUUGGCAGCCAGACAAGAUGCUGCAUCUUGUCACUUUAUAUCACAGGCUGAAGCGACAAGCAGAACAAAAGGUAGGCGUAUUAGAAGACACCACAAGUACUUAUAAGGAGCACAUAAAGAUGUGCCAACAGUUAGAGAGACAACUAGAGACUGUGAAAACAGAGCAGUCCAAAGUGAAUGAGGAGACGCUGCCCGCGGAGGAGAAGCUCAAAAUGUAUCACUCCCUAGCUGGGAGUCUGCAGGACUCAGGAAUUCUGCUGAAGCGAGUGGCCCUGCACGUGGAGGACCUUGCUCUGCUUCUGGAACCUUUAGCUUAUGAGAAAGCCAAGCAUCAGGUCCAGGCUUGGCAAGAGGAGCUGACAUUGUUGACAUCCAGCAUUGGCGAGACGGUGACAGAGUGUGAAGCCCGGAUGGUGCAGAGCAGGGACUUCCAGACGGAGAUGAGCCGCUCCCUGGACUGGCUUCGGAGGGUAAAGGUGGAGCUCAGUGGGGCCAUAUGCCUGGACCUCAGCCUCCAGGAUAUCCAGGAGGAAAUCCGCAAGGUUCAGAUCCAUCAGGAGGAGGUCCAGUCCAGCUUGAGGAUCAUGAGCGCCCUGAGUAACAAGGAGCAGGAGAAGUUCACUAAAGCCAAGGAGCUGAUUUCCGCUGAUUUGGAACACACCCUUGCUGAGCUCGCCAAGCUGGAUGGAGACGUUCAGGAAGCUUUGCGUGCCCGGCAGGCUACCUUGACUGAAAUAUAUAGUCAAUGUCAAAGGUAUUAUCAAGUCUUUCAAGCAGCUAAUGAUUGGGUUGAGGAUGCCCAAGAAAUGUUACAGCUGGCAGGCAAUGGCCUAGAUGUGGAGAGUGCAGAGGAAAAUCUCAAGAGCCACAUGGAGUUUUUCAGUACAGAGGAUCAAUUCCACAGUAAUCUGGAGGAGCUCCAAGGCCUGGUGGUCAAGUUGGACCCACUCAUCAAGCCAACUGGUAAAGAAGAUCUCGCGCAGAAAAUGAGUUCCUUGGAAGAGAGGAGCCAGAGAGUCAUCCAGGACUCCCAUGCCCAGUUAGAUCUCUUGCAGAGAUGCACAAUUCAGUGGCAAGAUUAUCAGAAGGCAAGGGAAGAGGUUAUUGAAUUGAUGAACCAUGCGGAAAAGAAAUUGUCUGCGUUUUCCAUGUUGAAGACUUCUUCCAGUCAUGAAGCAGAAGAAAAAUUGUCACAACACAAGGCCUUAGUGUCAGAGGUUGAUUCUUUCCAUGAGAAAAUUGUGGCCCUAGAGGAAAAAGCUUCACAACUGGAGAAAUUCGGAAAUGAUCCAAGCAAAGCAACCCUAAGUAGGUCAACAACCACUGUCUGGCAGCGCUGGACGCGUCUCCGUGCUGUGGCCCAGGACCAAGAGAAAAUACUGGAAGACACAGUGGAUGAGUGGAAGGGUCUGAACAAUAAGGUUAAAAAAGCCACUGAAAUCAUUGAUCAGCUGCAAGAUAAGUUACCUGGAAGUUCAGCAGAGAAAUCCUCCAAAGCAGAACUCUUGGACUUUCUUGAGUACUAUGACACAUGUGUGCUGGAGCUGGACCAGCAACAGCUGGCCUUGGGGAUGCUGCAGCAAAGAGCACUGAGCAUGCUCCAGGAUGGAGCCCUCCUCGAUGGAGAAGAGCCACCCAUCCUGCAGGAAAUCACCACUAUGCAAGAUCGGUGCCUCAACAUGCAAGAGAAAGUGAAGAGUAAUGGAAAGUUGGUAAAGCAAGAGCUGCAGGAGCGAGAAGUGGUAGAAACUCAAAUUAAUUCUGUGAAAUCUUGGGUUCAAGAGACAAAGGAAUAUUUAGGGAAUCCAACAAUCGAAAUAGAUGCUCAACUUGAAGAACUGCAGAUCCUCCUGACAGAAGCCACAAAUCAUAGACAGAACAUUGAGAGGAUGGCUGAAGAACAGAAGACUAAGUACUUGGGUCUUUAUACUAUAUUGCCUUCGGAGAUCUCCCUCCAGUUAGCAGAAGUGGCAUUGGACCUGAAGAUCUAUGAUCAGAUCCAAGAAAAAGUAAAAGAAAUUGAGCAGAGCAAGACCAUGAGCCAGGAAUUCGGCCGGCAAAUUCAGAAAAUAGCCAAAGAUCUCACUAUGAUUUUAACGAAGCUGAAAACAAAAACUGAUAAUUUAGUUCAAGCUAAAACUGAUCAAAAGGUCCUGGGAGAGGAAUUAGAUGGCUGUAAUUCAAAGUUAAUGGAAUUGGAUGCAGCAGUACAAAAAUUCUCAGAACAGCAUGCCCACCUGGGCAAGCCAUUGGCCAAGAAGAUAGGAAAACUGACUGAACUUCAGCAGCAGACCAUUCGGCAGGCUGAGAAUCGGCUCUCCAAGCUCAAUCAGGCAGUAUCACAUUUAGAAGACUACAAUGAAAUGCUCAAACUGAUUUUGAAGUGGAUUGAGAAAGCUAAAGUCUUGGUACGAGGAAAUAUUGCAUGGAAUUCUGCAAGCCAACUUCGGGAACAGUACAUUUUGCAUCAGACCCUGCUAGAAGAAUCUGAAGAAAUUUACAGUGAUCUGGAAGCAAUGUCUGAGAAAUUACAACACCUCAGGAGUGUGUAUUAUACAGAAAAAAUGUCUCAGCAAGUGGCAGAACUGGGACGAGAGACUGAGGAGCUGCGGCAGGUGAUCAAAAUUCGUAUGCAGAGCCUCCAAGAUGCAGCCAAGGAUAUGAAAAAAUUUGAAGCGGAGCUGAGAAACUUACAAGUUGCUUUGGAACAAGCCCAGACCACCCUGACUUCUCCAGAAGUUGGGCGCCUGAGUCUCAAGGAGCAAUUAUCACAUCGACAGCAUUUGCUGUCUGAGAUGGAGUCCCUGAAGCCAAAGGUGCAAGCCGUGCAGCUCUGCCAGAGUGCUCUCCGGAUCCCUGAGGACAUGGUGGCCAGCUUGCCGCUCUGCCAUGCCGCCCUGCACCUGCAGGAGGAGGCCAGCCGGCUGCAGCACUCAGCCAUCCAGCAGUACAACAUCAUGCAGGAGGCAGUGGUGCAGUACGAACAAUAUGAGCAAGAGAUGAAGCAUCUCCAGCAGCUGAUAGAAGGUGCUCACAGAGAGAUUGAGGACAAGCCUGUGGCCACCAGUAACAUCCAGGAGCUGCAAGCUCAGAUUGCCCGGCACGAGGAGCUGGCGCAGAAAAUCAAGGGCUACCAGGAGCAGAUCGCCUCUUUGAAUUCCAAGUGCAAGAUGCUGACAAUGAAAGCCAAGCACGCUACCAUGAUGCUGACGGUGACAGAGGUGCAAGGGCUGGAGGAAGGCACGGAGGACCUGGACAGAGAGCUCCUCCCCACGCCAGCGGCCCACCCCUCUGUGGUCAUGAUGACUGCAGGUCGCUGUCAUACUUUGCUGUCACCUGUCACGGAGGAGUCUGGGGAAGAGGGAACCAACAGUGAGAUUUCCUCUCCACCUGCCUGUCGCUCCCCUUCACCUGCGGCUAAUACAGAGGCUUCUCUUAACAAGGACAUUGCCUAUUACCAAUCCCUGUCUGCUGAGAGACUGCAGACAGAUGCUGCCAGGAUCCGCCCCAGCACAUCAGCAUCCCAGGAGUUGUAUGAGCCAGGGCUGGAGCCGUCUGCUACUGCCAAACUGGGUGAUCUGCAGCGUUCUUGGGAAACCUUAAAAAAUGUGAUCAGUGAAAAGCAGCGCACGCUCUAUGAGGCUUUGGAACGCCAGCAGAGGUACCAGGACUCGCUCCAGUCCAUCUCAACAAAAAUGGAGGCCAUUGAGACGAAGCUUAGUGAGAGCCUCAAGCUCGGCAGGAGUCCGGAAAGCCAGAUGGCCGAACAUCAGGCGCUGAUGGACGAGAUUCUCAUGGUCCAAGACGAAAUCAACGCGCUGCAGGCCUCACUGGCGGAGGAGCUGGUGUCAGAGGUGCGGGAGUCUGACCCUGCCCAGCAGCUGGCCUUGCAGUCCACCCUCACAGUGCUGGCUGAACGUAUGUCCACCAUCCGGAUGAAGGCCGCGGGCAAACGGCAGCUGCUGGAGGAGAAGUUAAACGAUCAGCUGGAGGAACAGAAGCACGAGCAGGCCUUGCAGAGGUAUCGAUGUGAAGCUGAUGAGCUGGAUCACUGGCUGUUGAGUACCAAGGCCACCCUGGAUGGCACCCUCAGUGCACCCACAGAGCCAAUGGACAUGGAGGCACAGCUGGUGGACUGCCAGAACAUGCUGGUGGAGAUCGAGCAGAAGGUUGUGGCCUUAUCUGAGCUGUCCCUCCACAACGAGAACCUGCUGCUGGAGGGCAAGGCACACACGAAGGAUGAGGCUGAGCAGCUGGCCGGGAAGCUGAAGACACUCAAGGGGAGCCUCCUGGAGCUGCAGAGAGCCCUCCGAGACCGCCAGCUGCACAUCCAGCAGGGAACUGCCCAAGAGAAGGAGGAGAGUGACGCUGACCUCACGGCCUUGCAGAGCCCUGGCGUGCAGGAAUGGUUGGCUCAAGCUCACACCACACGGACCCACAAGCGGCAGAGCAGUCUCCAACAGCAAAAAGUAAGCUCUCUGGCCUGCAGACCUGCCCUGGAAGGAACUCAAGGAAGAUGGCUCAGAAGGGCACAUUGCUUUGAAUUAGAGCAAGAAUUAGCUGAACAGAAGAGCCUCCUCCGGUCAGUAGCCAGUCGUGGAGAGGAGAUUCUAUCCCAACAUUCAGCUGCAGAAACCUCAGGCGGCCUUGGUGAAAAGCCUGAUGUGUUAUCCCAGGAGUUGGGAAUAGAAGGGGAGAAAUCAUCUGCUGAAGACCAGAUGAGAAUGAAAUGGGAAAGUCUACAUCAAGAAUUUAGUACCAAGCAGAAACUACUACAGAAUGCUCUGGAACAAGAACAAGAGCAAGUGCUCUACAGCAGACCAAGCCGACUCCUGUCUGGUGUGCCACUGUACAAAGGCGAAGUACAGACACAGGAUAAAUCUGCAGUAACAUCAUUGCUGGAUGGAUUGAACCAGGCUUUCGAGGAGGUUUCAUCCCAGGGUGUAGGAGCAAAGAUUCAGAAUAUACACUUGGAACAGAAGUUGUAUGAUGGAGUCUCAGCUACCUCCACUUGGUUGGAUGAUGUUGAAGAGCGUUUAUUUGUUGCCACGGCACUUUUACCAGAAGAAACACAAACUUGUCUCUUCGACCAAGAGGCUCUUGCCAAAGACAUUAAGGAAAUGUCUGAAGAAAUGGAUAAGAACAAGAACUUGUUUUCCCACACUUUUCCAGAGAAUGGUGAUAACCGAGAUGUUAUUGAAGAUACUUUGGGUUGUCUUGUGGGCAGGUUAUCCUUGCUGGAUUCUGUAGUGGAUCAACGGUGUCAUCAGAUGAAAGAAAGACUCCAGCAAAUACUAAGUUUCCAGAAUGACCUGAAGGUGCUGUUUACAUCACUGGCUGACAACAAAUACAUCAUUCUGCAGAAACUGGCAAAUGUGUUUGAACAGCCUGUAGCAGAACAGAUAGAGGCCAUACAGCAGGCUGAAGAGGGACUAAAGGAACUGGAUGCAGGAAUAACAGAAUUAAAACGGCGUGGUGACAAGUUACAGAUUGAGCAGCCUUCCUUGCAAGAGCUCUCCAAGCUCCAGGACAUGUAUGAUGAACUGAUGAUGACCAUUGGCUCACGAAGGAGUGGUCUCAAUCAAAAUCUUGUACUCAAGAGUCAGUACGAAAGGGCUCUGCAAGAUCUGGCAGAUCUGCUAGAAACUGGACGAGAGAAGAUGGCAGGAGAUCAGAAAAUCAUCGUGUCAUCCAAAGAGGAAAUUCAUCAGUUACUUGACAAACAUAAGGAAUAUUUUCAAGGCCUGGAAUCGCAUAUGAUCUUAACAGAAACGCUCUUCAGAAAGAUCAUCAGCUUUGCAGUCCCCAAAGAAACCCAGUGCCAUACGGACCUGAUGGCUCAGGCAUCUGCUGUGCUGAAGCGGGCACACAAGAAGGGUAUGGAGCUGGAGUACAUCCUAGAGACUUGGUCGCAUCUGGAUGAGGACCGGCAGGAGCUCAGCAGACAGCUGGAGGUAGUGGAGAGCAGCAUCCCGAGUGUGGGCCUGGUGGAGGAGAGUGAAGACAGGCUCAUGGAACGGGCCAGCCUCUACCAGCAUUUAAAAUCCAGCCUCAAUGAAUACCAGCCCAAAUUAUAUCAAGUAUUAGAUGAUGGAAAACGACUUCUGAUAUCUAUCAGCUGCUCAGAGCUAGAAAGCCAGCUAAAUCAACUUGGAGAGCGCUGGCUAAGUAAUACCAGUAAAGUGUCUAAGGAACUUCACAGAUUGGAAACAAUAUUGAAACACUGGACCAGAUAUCAAAGUGAAUCUGCAGAUCUAAUUCACUGGUUACAUUCCGCAAAAGACAGGCUAGUAUUUUGGACUCAGCAAUCUGUGACAGUCCCACAAGAACUAGAAAUGGUCCGUGAUCAUCUAAAUGCUUUCCUGGAGUUUUCUAAAGAAGUAGAUGCCAAAUCUUCCCUGAAAUCAUCCGUUCUGAGCACUGGAAAUCAGCUUCUUCGGUUGAAGAAGGUGGACACAGCUGCCCUGCGCUCCGAGUUGUCCCACAUUGAUAGUCAGUGGAUGGACCUCCUGACAAAUAUUCCAGCUGUUCAGGAAAAGCUCCACCAGCUCCAAAUGGAUAAGCUGCCUUCCCGCCAUGCCAUUUCUGAAGUCAUGAGUUGGAUCUCUUUAAUGGAAAGUGUUAUUCAGAAGGAUGAAGAGGAUAUAAAAAAUGCUAUAGGUUACAAAGCAAUUCAUGAAUACCUUCAGAAAUAUAAGGGUUUUAAGAUAGACAUUAACUGCAAACAGCUGACAGUGGAUUUUGUGAACCAGUCUGUGCUACAAAUCAGCAGUCAGGAUGUGGAAAGUAAACGGAGUGAUAAGACCGAUUUUGCAGAGCAGCUCGGGGCGAUGAAUAAAAGUUGGCAAAUCCUGCAAAGUCUAGUAACUGAGAAGAUCCAGAUGUUGGAAGGCUUAUUGGAAUCUUGGUCAGAAUAUGAAAAUAAUGUACAAUGUCUGAAAACUUGGUUUGAAACCCAGGAAAAGAGACUGAAACAACAGCAUCGAAUUGGAGAUCAGGUUUCUGUUCAGAAUGCACUGAAAGACUGUCAGGACCUUGAAGAUUUGAUUAAAGCAAAAGAAAAAGAAGUAGAGACAAUUGAGCAGAAUGGCCUUGCUUUGAUUCAGAACAAGAAAGAAGAAGUGUCUGGCACUGUCAGGAGCACACUGCGGGGGCUCAACCAGGCCUGGGGCAAUUUAGACCACAUGGCUGGGCAGCUGAAGGUACUGCUGAAGUCAGUGCUCGACCUGUGGGGACAUCACAAAGUGGCCUUCGACGAGAUGAACAGUCACCUCAUGGAAGCCAGAUACUCCCUGUCCAGAUUCCGACUGCUGACCGGCUCCUUAGAAGCUGUGCAGGUUCAGGUAGACAAUCUUCAGAAUCUUCAUGAUGACUUAGAAAAACAGGAAAGGAGCUUAGAGAAAUUUGGCACUGUCACCAACGAACUAUUAAAAGUGUGUCACCCACCUGUGGCAGAAACUCUCACCAAUACCUUGAAAGAAAUCAAUAUGAGAUGGAAUAACUUACUGGAAGAGAUUGCGGAGCAGCUGCACUGGAGCAAGGCCCUCCUUCAGCUUUGGCAGAGAUACAAGGACUACUCCAGUCAGUGUACCACCACGGUUCAGCAGCAGGAGAAGCACACCAAUGAGCUGUUGAAGGCAGGGGCUAACAAGGACAUAGCUGACGAUGAGGUUGCUACGUGGAUUCAAGAUUGUAAUGACCUCCUCAAAGAACUGGGGACAGUUAAAGACUCCCUUUUCAUCCUCCGUGAGCUGGGAGAACAACUCAAACAGCAAGUGGAUGCUUCAGCAGCCCAGGCCAUUCAGUCUGAUCAGCUCUCCCUGAGCCAGCACUUGUGUACCCUGGAGCAAGCUCUUUCCAAACAACAGACAGUGUUACAGGCUGGAGUUGUUGACUAUGAAACCUUUGCCAAGAGUUUGGAAGCUCUGGAUGCCUGGAUUGUAGAAGCUGAGGAGGUGCUACAAGGUCAAGACCCCACCCACUCGUCUGACCUCUCCACCAUCCGGGAGAGGAUGGAAGAACUUAAGGGACAGAUGUUAAAAUUCAGCAGCAUGGCUCCAGAUCUAGACCAUCUUAAUGAACUGGGAUAUAGGUUGCCCCUGAAUGACAAGGAAAUCAAAAGGAUGCAGAAUCUAAACCGUCUCUGGUCUCUCAUCUCUUCUCAGACGACAGAAAGAUUCAGUAAGUUGCAGUCAUUUUUGCUACAACAUCAGACUUUCUUGGAAAAAUGUGAGACAUGGAUGGAAUUCUUGGUUCAAACGGAGCAAAAGUUAGCAGUAGAGAUUUCAGGCAAUUAUCAGCAACUUUUGGAACAGCAGAGAGCACAUGAGUUGUUUCAAGCUGAGAUGUUCAGUCGUCAGCAGAUUUUGCAUUCAAUCAUUAUUGAUGGGCAACGUCUUCUAGAACAAGGUCAAGUUGAUGACAGGGAUGAGUUCAACCUGAAGUUGACCCUCCUCAGUAAUCAGUGGCAGGGAGUGAUUCGCAGGGCCCAGCAGAGGCGAGGGAUCAUUGACAGCCAGAUCCGCCAGUGGCAGCGCUACAGGGAGAUGGCAGAAAAGCUACUUAAAUGGCUGGUGGAAGUGUCCAAUAUACCCGCGAGUGGUCUCGGAAGCAUCCCAGUACCACUACAACAAGUGAGCAGCCUCUUCGACGAAGUGCAGUUCAAAGAAAAGGUGUUCCUGCGACAGCAAGGCAGCUACAUCCUGACUGUGGAAGCCGGCAAGCAGCUCCUGCUCUCAGCAGACAGUGCAGCUGAGGCCACCUUGCAGGCAGAACUCACUGAAAUCCAAGAGAAGUGGAAGUCCACCAGCCUGCAUCUGGAGGAGCAAAAGAAAAAACUGGCCUUCUUGUUGAAAGACUGGGAAAAAUGUGAGAAAGGAGUAGCUGAUUCUCUGGAGAAACUAAAAGGUUUCAAAAAGAAGCUUCUGCAGCCUCUACCAGAUCACCACGAGGAGCUCCAUGGAGAGCAAAUUCGGUGCAAGGAAUUAGAAAAUGCAAUCGGGAGCUGGACAGAUGACCUGACAGAGCUGACAUUGCUGAGGGGCUCCCUUGCCGCCUACAUCAGUCCCAACGACAUCUCCAUCCUCAACGAACGCAUAGAGCUUUUGCAGAGGCAAUGGGAAGAACUGUGCCACCAGGUCUCCUUAAGGCAGCAGCAAGUAGGCGAAAGACUGAAUGAAUGGGCAGUCUUCAGUGAGAAGAACAAGGAGCUCUGUGAGUGGUUGACUCAGAUGGAAAGCAAAGUUUCUCAGAAUGGAGACAUUCUCAUUGAGGAAAUGAUAGAGAAGCUCAAGAAGGAUUACCAAGAGGAAAUUACUGUUGCCCAAGAGAACAAAAUACAGCUCCAGCAAAUGGGAGAACGACUUGCCAAAGCCAGCCAUGAAAGUAAAGCAUCUGAGAUUGAGUACAAGCUGGGAAAGGUCAACGACCGCUGGCAGCAUCUCCUGGAUCUCAUCGCAGCCAGGGUGAAGAAGCUGAAGGAGACUCUGGUGGCUGUGCAGCAGCUCGAUAAGAACAUGAGCAGCCUAAGGGCUUGGCUAGCCCAAAUCGAGUCAGAACUGGCCAAACCCAUAGUCUACGAUUCCUGUGACUCAGAAGAGAUACAGAGAAAGCUUAACGAGCAGCAGGAGCUUCAGAGAGAUAUCGAGAAGCACAGCACGGGUGUCGCCUCUGUUCUCAAUCUGUGUGAGGUCCUGCUGCAUGACUGUGAUGCUUGUGCCACCGAUGCCGAGUGUGACUCCAUCCAGCAGGCAACACGAAACCUGGACCGGCGGUGGAGAAACAUCUGCGCUAUGUCUAUGGAAAGGAGGCUCAAAAUCGAAGAGACAUGGCGUUUGUGGCAGAAGUUUCUGGAUGACUAUUCUCGUUUUGAAGACUGGCUGAAGAUUUCAGAAAGGACAGCUGCUUUUCCAAGCUCUUCGGGGGUGCUCUAUACAGUUGCCAAGGAAGAACUAAAGAAAUUUGAGGCUUUCCAGCGACAGGUACACGAGACUCUGACACAGCUGGAGCUCAUCAACAAACAGUACCGCCGCCUGGCCCGAGAGAACCGCACCGACUCGGCAUGCAGCCUCAAACAGAUGGUUCACGAAGGCAACCAGAGAUGGGACAACCUGCAAAAGCGAGUCACCUCCAUCUUACGCAGACUUAAGCAUUUUAUUAGCCAACGCGAGGAGUUUGAAACUGCACGGGAUAGCAUUCUGGUCUGGCUGACAGAGAUGGAUCUGCAGCUCACUAAUAUUGAACAUUUUUCUGAGUGUGAUGUUCAAGCUAAAAUAAAACAACUUAAGGCCUUCCAGCAAGAAAUUUCCCUGAAUCACAAUAAGAUUGAGCAGAUCAUCGCACAGGGGGAGCAGCUGAUAGAGAAGAGCGAGCCCCUGGAUGCGGCCGUCAUCGAGGAGGAGCUGGAUGAACUCCGCCGCUAUUGCCAGGAGGUCUUCGGGCGCGUGGAGAGAUAUCAUAAGAAACUGAUCCGCCUGCCUCUACCGGAUGAUGAGCACGACCUUUCUGACCGGGAGCUGGAGCUCGAUGACUCUGCAGCCCUCUCAGACCUGCACUGGCAGGACCCGUCUGUGGACGGUGUGCUCUCCCCGCAGCCUUCCUCCAACCCCUCCCUCUCACUCCCCCAGCCCCUGCGCAGUGAGCGGUCGGGAAGGGACACCCCGGCCAGUGUGGACUCCAUCCCCCUGGAGUGGGAUCAUGACUAUGACCUCAGUCGUGACCUGGAGUCCGCAGUGUCUAGGACUUUGCCAUCCGAAGAUGAAGAGGGCCGGGAAGAGAAGGAUUUCUACCUCAGGGGAGCCAUGGGUUUAUCAGAUGUAGUGAUCCCUGAAAGCCUUGAGGCCUAUGUAAAACUCACAGAAAAUGCCAUCAGAAAUACCUCUGGACAUCACAGCACCUUGGAGUCACAGAUCCAACAACUGGACAAAGCCCUGGAUGACAGCCGCUUCCAUAUGCAGCAAACUGAAAAUGUCCUGCGCAGUAAAACUCCCACGGGGCCAGAGCUGGACUCCAGCUACAAAGGCUAUAUGAAACUGCUGGCUGAGUGCAGCGGCAGUAUAGAUUCAGUGAGGAAACUGGAGCACAAGCUGAAGGAGGAAGAGGAGAACUUUCCUGGCUUUGUUAACUUGAACAGUACUGAGACCCAGACCGCUGGUGUGAUUGACCGAUGGGAGCUCCUCCAGGCCCAGGCCCUGAGCAAGGAGUUGAGGAUGAAACAGAACCUGCAGAAAUGGCAACAGUUCAACUCAGACUUGAAUAACAUCUGGGCCUGGCUCGGGGAGACAGAGGAGGAACUGGAACAACUCCAGUGCCUGGAGCUCAGCACAGACAUCCAGACGAUCGAGCUUCAGAUCAAAAAGCUCAAGGAGCUCCAGAAAGCUGUGGACCACCGCAAAGCGAUCAUCCUCUCCAUCAACCUCUGCAGCUCUGAGUUCACUCAGGCUGACAGUAAGGAGAGCCGGGACCUACAGGACCGCUUGUCCCAGAUGAAUGGGCGCUGGGACCGGGUGUGCUCUUUGCUGGAGGACUGGCGGGGUCUGCUCCAGGACGCACUGAUGCAAUGCCAGGAUUUCCAUGAAAUGAGCCAUGGUUUACUUCUUAUGCUGGAGAAUAUUGACAGGAGGAAAAAUGAAAUUGUCCCUGUCGAUUCUCACCUCGAUGCUGAGAUCCUCCAGGAUCAUCACAAGCAGCUGAUGCAAAUAAGGCGUGAGCUGUUGGAGUCCCAACUCAAAGUGGCCUCACUGCAAGACAUGUCUUGCCAACUCCUGGUCAAUGCUGAAGGCACUGACUGUUUAGAAGCCAAAGAAAAAGUUCAUGUCAUUGGAAACCGGCUCAAACUUCUCCUGAAGGAGGUCAGUCGUCACAUCAAAGAUCUGGAGAAGUUAUUGGACAUGUCAAGCAGUCAGCAGGAUUUGUCUUCCUGGUCUUCUGCUGAUGAACUGGACACCUCAGGAUCCGUGAGUCCUACAUCAGGAAGAAGCACCCCCAACAAACAGAAACCGCCACGAGGCAAAUGUAGUGUCUCACAGCCUGGACCCUCUGUCAGCAGUCCAAAUAGCAGGUCCACAAAAGGUGGCUCCGAUUCCUCCCUUUCUGAGCUGCGGCCAGCUCAAUCAGGCAGAGCCUUCCUAUUUCGAGUCCUCCGGGCAGCUCUCCCCCUUCAGCUUCUCCUGCUGCUCAUCAUCGGGCUGGCCUGCCUUGUACCGAUGUCAGAAGAAGACUAUAGUUGUGCCCUCUCCAACAACUUUGCCAGAUCAUUCCACCCCAUGCUCAGAUACACCAAUGGUCCUCCUCCACUGUGAACCAAGCAGAUGGCACCUGCCAAAGUGCUGGUAGCAUGAGGAGGAUGGGCCCAGAAGCAGUCCCAAACAAUCAAAGAGGAUCUUAAUCUUGGCAGAAGCCCUCAGUGGCAGCUUUACCCCUCUUCCAUAUGCCUGAGAGCAAGUCACAGUUUCUGAGGUGGAUGAAACACGAUGAGAGGAGGAAAACAAACAGAAGAUCUGGAAGAAAUUUUGUUUGAGAGUCUGAGCCUAAAGAGAUUGGAUAUGGACACCCAAAGUUUCCUGGACUUGUGAAUUCUGGGCCUUUGGCCCAUUUGACACAUAGCCAAGGACUUGAGUAGACUGUCUGGGCAGCUUUCUCGUGGUGCUGCUCUGUCCACCAAGAAGCAACCCUCCCAAGCGCCAUGUUAGUAUCCUACAAUCUACCAACCAAUCAGUGCUGAGGAGAUUUUAGAGCCUUGUAACAUACAAUUUUUAAGAGCUUAUAUGGCAGCUUUCUUUAUACUUUUUUUUUUUUUCUUUUUGGGCAUGAUGUUCUAACCGCUUUAGAAACACAAGCUGUAAAUCUAAAAGGCACUUUUUUUAAAGAUAUAAGGAAAAACUAGAUGUAAUAAAAUCAUGGAAGGCUUUAUGUGAAAAAGAAGUUGAAUGUUAUAGUAUAAAAAUAUUUAUGUAAUGUACAGUUUGCUAAAGCCAAGUUUUGUUUGUAUUGAUUUAUUUGCAUUUAUUAUAGAUACUAUAAAAUA